AGUUGUAGAAACAGUGUAUCAUUGUUAUUCAUUGUUAUUUUCUUACUCACGAAGUUAGCUUACUCCAAAAGUUAAGAGAUAGCCCACUUGUAAACUUAAGAUACAUGUACUACACACAGUACACUGCAUUCUUAGAUGUAUGCACUGAAACGUUUGGUUGUUACACAUGCACCAAGUCUAUAGCAGGUGAAACCAUCUGAUGGUUACCCUCAACAUAUCGCUAAAAUGUAACCCAAUUUGUAACUGGGCUGAUAAAUUAACCCUACUGGUAGACCCUUAACCUAAUGACGGAUUUAUUAAGUAGAUUGAUACAGUCUACAUGAUAAUGUUCCUUUAUUUAUUUAUUUACUUGUUAUUUAUUUCAUAACAAACUGAAGGUUAUUUUACUGAGAUGAAGACGACGUCAGGAUUACGGAAAUGAGUGGUACCCUGGAGGGGACGAGCUAGGCCGGGUGUCUCAAUCAUGAUGUCAGUGAGCUGUAUGAACUUCAAGUGGAUGUGAUCUGACCCAUAAAAGCCAAAUAGCUUGGAGAAUGUGGUUUGUUGAUGAUUGAAGAUUUAGGUAGACUGACUGCACCAUGACACAAACUCUUCAUAGCCUGUUUGAUGCUGCAGCUGUCAAAUACGCUCAUCAUAUUGCCGUUUUGUAUGACGAUGGAGAAAACAUUGUGAGAAAAACCUAUAGACAGGUACAGAAGGAUGCUCAACAGAUUAAGGAUGCCCUUAAAGAGCUGGAUGCCUGCGGCAGAGUCAUUGGCCUGUGCUGCCCUCCUACGGAUAUGUUACCAUCUUUACUGCUUGGUAUACUGAGUGCCGGGUCAUCCUUUCACCCUGUUGACCUUUAUGGAGGAAGAUACAGCUUACAAGGGCUCAGGCUGUUGGAAGUGGACUACUUGAUCAUUGAUGUGGAUAGCUUACAGGAAGUUGAGUGUUUUCUGAGGAGAGCUGAUAUUUCUGUUAGCCUAUCCCCAAAUACAUUCCUCUUGGACUGUGGCUACCUCAUCCUUAGAUUGACAUCAGGCAAAUGUUAUACCUCUUCUGUAAGGGUAAGAGCAGGGGAGAUAACUGCAUACUGCAUAACUACAUCAGGGACGACAGGUGUGCCUAAGGUCGUGAGAGUUCCACACAGAUGUAUUGUACCAAACAUCGUUCAUCUCAGUGAAAUCUUUGAGCUGAGUGAGGAUGAUCUGCUCUUCCUGGCGUCACCUCUGACCUUUGACCCCAGCAUUGUGGAGAUAUUCCUGGCCUUGACCUCUGGAGCUCGCAUUCUGAUCACACUACAGCUGAUCAGAAUGGUUCCCAGGAAGUUUGUCAACAUGGUGACUGACAGACAUCAUGUGACAGUUCUGCAGGUGACACCAACAAUAGUUUCAAAUCUGGGAACAGAACUUAUCAGGUCGUGCUUACUGAGUGAGACGACCAAAUUGAGAACUCUUGUGUUUGGAGGUGAGAAAUGUCCCUCGUACAGUAUGCUGGGAAGAUGGCGGUCAGGUGGCAACCAGACCAAACUGUUCAAUGUUUAUGGAACCACUGAAGUGUCCUGCUGGGCAACAUAUUACAGAAUCGCAGACAUCGAUGUAACUUCAGGUGUUGCAGAAGCCUCUGUUCCUCUGGGGGAGCCUCUACUGGACACAGCCGUGGAGGUGAGAGAUGAGCAGGGGGCCUGUGUAACAGAGGGCGAGGGAGAGCUCUUCAUUGGUAGCUCCUCCAGAGUGUGUAUUGUAGGUGAUGGGGAGUGUUUGGGACAGGUGUGGCUCCCCUCAGGGGGUCAGAUAUGGCGACCCACAGGUGAUCGUGUAAGGCGCACUGUCAACGGCAAAUUACUCUACCUUGGGAGGAUUGAUCAACAAGCAAAGCGUCAUGGGAUGAGACUCAGUCUGUUGGUCAUAGAAGCGGUAGUAAGUGAACUAGAAGUUGUGGCCUCUUGUGCUGCCAGUUUGGACAAGGGGAGACUUCUCCUGUUUGUGACGUGUACACGUGGCGGAAGUUCUGAUAAAUCCCCAGCGGAUCUUGUCAGUUAUAUUAAGAAACAUGUGAAGGCCAGUCUACCUGUACAGUAUCAUCCUGACACAGUGAGGCUGCUAACCAGUCUGCCCCUCACUAAACAUGGUAAGGUGGAUAAGCGAGCGCUGGUGAGGCAGACAGAGUAUUCUCCCCGUGAGUGUGCCGAGAACCUGAGCUGGGCUGGUGUGAGGAACCUUCUGGAACUCCACUGGAAGGGUCAUUUAGGUUGUGAAAUGUCAAAGAUGAUGGAUGAUUCAGACAAGUUCAUUGAGAGUGGUGGUAAUUCCUUCAAAGCUGUUAACCUGGCUUCAAGUGUUGAGGAUGCUACAGGCAGAGUUAUCCCCUUCUCCUGGACAAGAUACUUCGAGACAUUUAAGAGUGUCUGUGAUUAUGUACACAAUUGUUUGAAAAUGGCUCAGCAAAGUGUGUGUGGAAAGAACAGUGGGAGUUUGUCAGGUGAUUUUGUUGUUAAGAUGGACAGGAAUGACAGUGGUGCUGUUACAUCUGUCCCCAUGGCAACUACUUUUAAAUCAGAACAGCUGACAAAUAGGAAGAGAAGAUCGCCAGCAGGGAAGGGAGAUCGCUUUACCACAAAGGAAAAAGUUUUUAAACAUAAUGUUGUGCCGGGGAUAGAUGGAAGGGAGGUAACCAUGUCUGUGAGUAGAGGGUCAAGAAUUUUCUAUCAUAUGAACAAAAACAGUUAUGACAAAUGUGUUAAGAGAGGUGAAUCAGCCAGAAUCCCCCGUAAACAGGGGCAGGCUUCAACUCUCACGAACCAUCCUGUGUCAGCAGUGUGUGCUGAAUGUAAAUGUAGAGUCGGUGAUCGUGAGGACACAUCCUCAGCUUUUACUGUAAGAGAGGUAUGGAGGUACAACGCGGGAAAGUGUAUUGAUGCAUCUCCUCUGGUGGCAGUUUGCAGUGCAAGGGCGCAAGACAUGGUCUUCAUUGGCUCACAUUCUCAUCUGUUUUCUGCUGUUUCCAUGGCAACUGGCAAAGCAGUAUGGGAGAGAAAGCUAGGAGAUCGCACUGAGUCCUCCGCUUGUCUUACGACCUGUGGAAAGUUUGUUGUUGUGGGUUGCUAUGACCAUUGUGUUUAUUUUCUGCAUAUCAAAGAUGGUGAUGUUCAUUUCAAAUUCAAAACUGGAGGAGAGGUCAAAAGUUCACCGGUGGCAGAUGUCCAAUCAUCUUUAGUCUUCAUAGGGUCACAUGAUCAGCAUCUUUAUGCUCUCAGUCCUGAACAGCGUCAGUGUGUGUGGAAGUGCCCAGUGGGUGGGGGGAGUGUUUUCUCCUCCCCUACCCUUUCUUCUGACCCUUAUCAGGUGAUUGCAGCAAGCCUGGCAGGAACUGUUCUGGCGGCAGAGCCAGAUACCGGAGUCCUGCUCUGGCAGUUCCAGUGUACUAAGCCGGUGUUCUCAUCCCCUAUAACGUGUCCUUGUGGAGUCUGUUUUGGGUCUGUUGAUGGCAAGGUUUACUUUCUCAGUCACCAAGGUGAAUUGUUGUGGACGUUUCUUACAAGUGCACCCAUUUUCUCUUCUCCAACAUUAUGCCAAGUCAACAGAGGUCUACAUGGGACAUUAAUGGAUGUGCAGACAGAUGUGAUUUGUUCUCAGGAUGUGCAGGCAGAUGUGAUUGGUUCUCAGGAUGUGCAGAUAGGUGUGAUUGGUUCUCAGGACGAACUAGCAGAAGUAAUUAUUUCUCAGAAUGCACUGGCAGAUGUGAUUGGUUCUCAGGAUGUGCAGACAGAUGUGAUUGGUUCUCAGGAUGUACUAGCAGAAGUAAUUGUUUCUCAGAAUGCACCAGCAGAUGUGAUUGGUUCUCAGGAUGUGCAGACAGAUGAGAUUGGUUCUCAGGAUGUGCAGGCAGAUGUGAUUGGUUCUCGGGAUGUGCAGGCAGAUGGGAUUGGUUUUCAGGAUGUGCAGACAGAUGAGAUUGGUUCUCUGAAUGUGAAGCCAGAUGUGAUUGGUUCGCAAGAUGUGCAGGCAGAUGUGAUUGGUCAUCAGGAUGUGCAGGCAGAUGUGAUUGGUUCCCAGGAUUUAGGGAAGGAUGUGAUUGGCUCUGAAGACGUGUGGGCUGUAGUGAUUGGCUCUCACGAUGGACAUGUAUACACCUUGUCAUGUACAGGUGAACUUCUGUGUCAGGCCUAUUUGGGUGGGGCAGUAUAUGCCACACCCUUUGUGAUACAGAGUGACAAGCCUGUUACUUGUGGCAUUACAGCAGUUGCUGGAUAUAAUGGUAGAGUGACUGGAGGUAAGGGAAAAAAAUGUGGCACAGAUGGAAGUAUGAUCAGUUUUUGUGAUAAGGAAAAUAACACUGGUGUAGUUGAGAAAAUUAUUAGUGCCAGUGGAAAAGAAUACACUGUACCUGCCUUGAUGGUAUCAGCCUCAGACACUUCUCCAGCUCUUAGAUUUGCCAAACAUUCGAAUCUGUUUAGUAUCUGUGAUUCGUGUAUGUCAGGCCAGAGCUUUAUUCCUCCUGCUUCUGGCAGGUGUCUGUCGACUGACCAUAUUGUAGAGCAAAUCAUAGUUGUCCCUAACACCACUGGCUGCUUGACUAUGAUUGGUUGUCAGACAGGUCAUGUGAUCGCCUGUCAUCAGCUCAAUGGCCAGGUGUUCUCCUCCCCUGUCGUGUUAGAUGACAUCAUUGUGAUCGGAUGCCGAGACAAUCACCUCUACUGUCUGCAGAUAGAUGGAUAGUGCCCAGACAUUAUCCUUUACCAUCUGCAUAUAGACAGGUAGAAACCUUCAUGGACUAUACUGUCCUGGGCUUUACUAGGCGGGUAAGCCUUUAGCCUGGUGUAGGUCAACUUGUCCUGGCAAGCAUGUGGGUC